AUGAUUAGAUUGUGUUUUGUAAACUUUUAUUUCUCUUUACAGCAUUUAUGUCUAAAAGCAAAAUUAAUUUUACUCAAAUAUUUUCUUUCAGCUCUUCUUCAAGUGACAAUUUCACUUAGCAAAGUAGAGCUUAGUGUGGGUGAAUCUAAAUUCUUCACAUGUACAGCAAUUGGUGAACCUGAGAGUAUAGAUUGGUAUAAUCCUCAAGGGGAGAAGAUAAUUUCAACACAGCGGGUAUCAGUGCAAAAGGAAGGUAUUAGAUCAAGAUUAACCAUCUACAAUGCAAAUAUAGAAGAUGCAGGGAUAUAUCGUUGCCAAGCAACAGAUGCCAAAGGACAGACACAAGAAGCUACAGUCGUUUUGGAAAUUUACCAAAAACUCACUUUCAGAGAAGUGGUAUCGCCUCAAGAGUUCAAACAAGGGGAGAAUGCAGAAGUAGUUUGCCGAGUCAGCAGCUCACCCGCACCUGUUGUCAGCUGGUUAUAUCAUAAUGAGGAAGUCACCGCUAUAUCCGACAAUCGGUUCGCUAUGUUAGCCAACAAUAAUCUGCAGAUUCUCAACAUCAAUAAAAGUGAUGAAGGUAUAUACAGGUGUGAAGGAAGAGUGGAGGCUAGGGGAGAAAUUGACUUCCGUGAUAUCAUUGUUAUUGUUAAUGUGCCACCAGUGAUCACAAUGCCUCAGAAAUCCUUUAACGCCACAGCGGAGAGAGGAGAAGAAAUGACAUUUUCCUGCAGGGCCUCAGGCUCUCCUGAGCCUACCAUCUCCUGGUACAGGAAUGGAAAGUUCAUUGAAGAAAAUGAAAAGUACUCAUUGAGAGGAAGCAAUACAGAACUCACUGUCAGGAACAUAAUCAAUAGUGAUGGGGGCCCUUAUGUCUGCAAGGCUACAAAUAAGGCAGGAGAAGAUGAAAAACAGGUGCUUCUCCAAGUCUUUGUACAGCCUCACAUAAUACAGCUUAAAAAUGAGACUACAUAUGAGAAUGGUCAAGUCACACUGAUAUGUGAAGCAGAAGGGGAGCCUAUUCCAGCAAUCACCUGGAAAAGAGCAGUGGAUGGCAUUACUUUUUCUGAAGGUGAUAAGAGCCCAGACGGACGUAUCGAAGUCAAAGGGCAGCAUGGAAGUUCAUCACUGCACAUUAAAGAUGUGGACUUGUCAGAUUCAGGGAGAUACGACUGUGAAGCUGCAAGUAGAAUUGGAGGGCACCAAAAGAGCAUGUACCUUGAUAUUGAAUAUGCUCCCAAGUUUAUAUCAAAUCAAACAAUUUAUUACUCUUGGGAAGGAAAUCCAAUAAAUAUAAGCUGUGAUGUGAAAUCGAAUCCACCAGCGUCAGUCCAUUGGAGAAGAGAGAAAUUAGUCUUGCCAGCUAAAAACACUACUAAUUUAAAGACAUAUAGUACAGGGAGAAAAAUAAUACUAGAGAUUGCACCUACAUCUGAUAAUGACUUUGGACGAUACAAUUGCACAGCUACGAAUCGUAUAGGAACAAGAUUUCAAGAGUAUAUUCUUGCUUUGGCUGAUGUUCCAUCAAGUCCCUAUGGAGUGAAGAUUAUAGAGCUGUCACAGACCACAGCCAAGAUUUCUUUCAGCAAGCCGGACUCCCAUGGAGGUGUGCCUAUUAAUCACUAUCAAGUGGAUGUCAAAGAAGUGGCAUCAGAAACCUGGAAAAUAGUACGCUCCCAUGGAGUUCAAACAAUGGUUGUUUUGAGCAAUCUGGAACCAAAUACAACUUAUGAAAUCAGGGUUGCAGCUGUAAAUGGAAAAGGACAAGGAGACUAUAGUAAAAUAGAAAUUUUCCAAACAUUACCAGUCCGUGAACCAAGUCCUCCAUCCAUACAUGGACAGCCAAGCAGUGGGAAGAGCUUUAAGCUAAGUAUCACCAAACAGGAUGAUGGUGGAGCCCCUAUUUUAGAAUACAUCGUGAAAUAUAGAAGUAAAGAUAAAGAAGAUCAGUGGCUAGAGAAAAAAGUGCAAGGAAAUAAAGACCACAUUAUUUUGGAGCAUCUACAGUGGACAAUGGGGUAUGAAGUUCAAAUUACAGCUGCCAAUAGAUUGGGAUAUUCAGAACCAACAGUCUAUGAAUUCAGCAUGCCUCCUAAGCCCAACAUUAUUAAAGACACACUUUUUAAUGGUCUUGGGCUUGGAGCAGUCAUUGGUCUGGGAGUUGCCGCACUCUUGUUAAUCCUGGUGGUAACAGAUGUCAGCUGCUUCUUUAUUCGACAAUGUGGGUUAUUGAUGUGUAUCACCAGGAGAAUGUGUGGGAAAAAAAGUGGCUCCAGUGGUAAAAGUAAAGAACUCGAAGAAGGAAAAGCUGCAUACCUGAAAGAUGGAUCAAAAGAACCAAUAGUGGAGAUGAGAACAGAGGAUGAAAGAAUUACUAAUCAUGAAGAUGGGAGCCCAGUAAAUGAGCCAAAUGAAACCACACCACUAACAGAACCUGAAAAAUUGCCUUUAAAAGAAGAAAAUGGGAAAGAAGUCCUAAAUCCAGAAACGAUAGAAAUUAAGGUUUCUAACGACAUCAUUCAAUCAAAAGAAGACGACAGCAAAGCGUAA